AAAAUGAAAGUGAGAAACAAUGACAAGUAGUGUUAUUUGUUAUUGUUCUGAAAAUUAAAUUACAACUGGGUUGUUAAAAUGAAUAAAGACUCAUCACUGAGUCUCUUCUUGGUAGUGCUGUCCAGAGGGACAGCAGGAAGCAUUUCAUGAUAUCACUCACAUUAUCAACAUAUUUGAGGCUUAAUGUUUUUUGAAUGUGUAAUUCAGAGUGUCCCCUGUCUCUUUAUGUUCCUUCCUUUUCAGCUGCAGAGCACUAUCAGAGAACACCGUGAUGGAGGCAACGCAGGAGGAGUCUUCAGCCGCUACAAUAUCAUUAAGAUUCAGAAGGUGGUGAAUAAGAAGCUACGAGAGAGAUAUGCGCACAGACAAAAGGAAAUUGCAGAUGAGAAUCAUAACCAUCACAACGAGCGAAUGCUCUUCCAUGGUUCUCCCUUCAUCAAUGCCAUCAUCCACAAGGGCUUCGACGAGCGACAUGCUUACAUCGGUGGCAUGUUUGGCGCUGGCAUCUACUUCGCUGAGAACUCCUCCAAAAGCAACCAGUACGUGUACGGGAUUGGUGGAGGGACGGGAUGUCCCACCCACAAAGACCGCUCCUGCUACGUGUGCCACAGGCAGAUGCUGUUUUGCAGAGUGACGCUGGGGAAGUCAUUUCUUCAGUUCAGUGCAAUGAAAAUGGCCCAUGCCCCCCCAGGACACCACUCUGUCAUAGGACGACCCAGUGUCAACGGACUAGCCUACGCUGAGUACGUCAUCUACAGAGGGGAGCAGGCGUACCCAGAAUACUUGAUCACCUACCAGAUAGUGAAGCCGGAGAGUCUGGCCACGCCUGCUGCCAGCCCAGAGCAGAAGUCCUAGAAAUCACAGCCGGAUGUAAAGAAGGCCAGACUGCAAAGAACUAGAGCCUGUCUCUAGGAGGACUAGAACUACACGAGUUGGCAUUUCAAAGCUCAGACCCUAAACUUAAGAGUCCGGAGCUGGACCUGAGCUGGGCAGGAUCGAAGAGUCGACCCCUCAGACAGACGACCCUCAGAAAUGAGACGUGGAAUGUGUUCAAACAGAAGAAGCAACGGAGAAGAGGAGACAGUGGCUUUUAGUGUCAGUCUAUGACACAGAUACAGUGCAGAGCAGACAACAGGUAAAAGUUGUCCGAUUGUUUUGAAAUAAUUGAACCCAGCUGAAAACGAUAUUUGAAUCAACAUUUCUUGAGUCAGCACUUUUUCAAUGCGCAGGCCUCUGAUUGGAGAGAUUACAAACAGCAGAUAGAACAGGCAAGGCAAAAACAAACAUCUCUGAUUUUGUACCUUUCCACUGCUACUCUAUAUUCCUCCACUGUAGUCUAUCCCCUGUUUUAAUGUGGUGUUUAGAUAUCGUGUCCUAUUUCCGCUUUGUGCAUUAACAACCGCAACAAAACAACAACCCAAGGCCACUCUCAGAAAGAAGCAGUCCUGGUGCUGAGAGAACAAAAAUCCUGCACAUUUUAUGUUACAGCUUGUCAUGUUUUCGCCACUGAGGCUCAAUGUCAACAAGACACUUCUCCCUGUGUUCCCUCACAUCUUUUCUGCUGUAAACAAAGACGAAAUUCUGAAACGAGCGUGACGGAAGGAAAAGUCAAACCAGAUUAUAGCGCACAAAUACCCAGGAGAAAAAAUACAGGGGACCACAAUCCAGCAGUUCAUUUCCAUCCUCCAGCAAGGGAGCCCAGCAGAGCUUCAAAUCCACACAGUAGAAGAAAACAUGUACAUCACAGAUUUAUUCAGAAGAGGGUUUCCAGUCCACGGUCGGGGCACAGCUAAGUUUGCAACAAGCAAAGCAGCAACUCCAUAUCGAAGUUUAGAUAUCGUGUCCUAUUUUCAAAUUGUGCAUCGUCAACCGCGACAAACGAACAUCCCAAGGCCACUUUUAGGAGCAACACUCGUCAUGCUGAGAGAGCAGAAGUCUGGCACAUCUUAUGUUACAGCUUGUCAUGUUUUCACCAGCAACUGCUAACCUGUAUGUGCCUGAAUGAAUCUGACAACAUGACAUCAACCUUUACUACUCUUUCAGCCUUUGUUUUAUAUCUUAAGAGUCAUUUUCAAAUUGUUCAUGCAGAAGAUUUGGAAGGCUUUUAAUUGGCUCUGAAAUGAUGUGUGCUGUGCAUUUCAGCUCAGUGAGCAUGAAAGGAAAAAUCUUAAUUUAGUAUUUAUUUGAACCAGGAGGACCACAAGACUUUGACACUGUUCUUUUUACACUCGUAGCACACACUUUACACAAGCUUUUCUGAUCAAUUUGUUCAGCAGAUCCCUCUAAAGCUUCAUGUGGCAACUCAAACUACAUAACAGAACAAUAGGAAUGGUAUCAUGUGAUGUCCUUGAGCUACACACACAAAGCUCUGUGUGUAAGUCCUUUAUGACAAAAGGACCCAAACAGAUGGAUACACAAAAUGCAUUGAAAUGAGUUCUCUCUGGAUAAGGUGCUCACCUGCCAGUUUUUCCUUUCUGGGUAAGAGAAGUGAGAAGUUACCACAGGAAUAACUAAAAGACAAAUAUUGACUUUGGGCAUUAUUCUCAGUAGUCGUGUCACAGUCUUUACCUUUACAUCUGGAACAUCUUUCUAUUUUGUUUUUUUAAAGUCAUUCAAAGGCUCUUACAGUUCUCCUUUUUCUGUUGUUUACAUGUGCCUGAUGCACCAUUUCCUCUUUAUCUAGAACUGUUGCUGCCACCUAGUGGUGAAAGAAAAUCAUUCCACUGUAUUUUGCUGUGGAUUACAGCUGUACUGUUACUCAUGGAGCAAGUUAUGUUGGGAUUCAUUCUGCAAUGUACUAUGUAUGUGUAUUUCUUUGAGGCAUUCUCCAUUUUGUUUUUUAUUCUUUGCAAAUUUUUGUUGCCGUUGUUUUGGGUCAUGUUUUUUUAUAUUUCUGGGUUUUCACAACUCCAACAUAGCAAAUGUUCAAAGUGAAUUUUAUCAGGCCAUGCAGCAGACUGGUCACAGACUUUAUGAGGACAUUUUUAGAAACCAGAAUUCUGCAGACCAAUUCUUGACCUUUGACCGUAACAAACUAACAUGUCAUACAAACCUCAGAACAAGAUUACUGUUCUACUCACACUACUUACUGUUAGCUAAAACUGUUUUUAGUUUUUAUUCUGACCACGUUUUUCUUUUGUUUAUUUAUUUACGGUUAUUAUUUUUAUUUAAGCUGUACAACACGGGACUACACGUGGGUCCAGCAGUGCUGGAGGUUAAUGGACUCCUUGAACAUUUUGGAAUGAAACUUUUUGGUCUUCAAAUCACUUAGAAACUCUUGUGUGAUAACUAAAAAUCAGACAACAGCAGAAGAGAGAGAGGGUUGGUCUGUAUCCAUUACAUUUUAAUGUGAUGGGUUUAUCUUUUGUUUUUGUCCCGGCUUUGUUCACACUGGAGUGUUUGUUAGUCAAACUCAGAUUUCAGCUGAAGUUCAUCCCAACAGCAAUGAAUGAUACGAUAUUUCAGUAGCAGCACAUUUCAGCACAUUAUAAAAUAAUGAUUUGCAGGGAAAUGAGAUGGAGUAGACUGACUGAUCCUUUAUAUAAAUAAGUACAUGAAACAACAGUUGAUGACUAAAGCCAAACUUAAACAAAGCGUUAUAUUACAUUUGAAUUGGGAAUAUGUUAAACAGUUGCAUCACUGAUACACUGUUAACAUAAUAUUGACCCAUGUAUUACUUGUUUUAAAAAAUAUAUAUAAUUAAAUUGGCUAGAUAAAUUGUUUGUUUUUUAAUCUCUUAAGAAUUUUUUUUUAAAUCCGACAUUUCACCAAACUCCUAAUUACAAACCACUCAUCACAUUUAGAGAGGUGAGGGGUGCCGGAAGCGAUGGUUUAUGGUAGCUCUACAAUAACACUCCCCAAAGGCCCCCAAAUAAUGUUAAAGAGUUGAUCUCUAAGUCGUGUUUUUCACACCUUCAGAGUCAGUUGUGGAACAAAGGUUUCAGAUGAGAUGGUGGUGUCACUGUUGUCUCUCUGCAUACUGAGCAGGUGGAGUUUAUGGUGUCGACCUCAAAUAAGGUCACAACACUAAGAUUUAAUACCAGAGAGCUGUGGGUGCUGUUUUAAAUAGGACUGUACAUAAACUAACUCCAGAUGGGCCUUUUAACAGGUUUUUAAUGGAUCAUUUUAAGUUCUUUUCCUUUUUUUUUUGUUUUCCUUUGAAAAACUUUUCAAAGGCUUUUUUUUUUUAUGUGAUAACUAUCUGAACUGUGUUGGAGCUGGUUUGUCUCUAUUUAUUUGUGACAAGGGGCCAGUCAGCCAUCGUGUUGUAAAUAGUUUUGAGAGGUGUGUGUGUGUGCACGCGUGCUUGUGUGGUCAAUCAUUCGAUCCAUGAUUCACCUUCUGAUCUGCCUUCUACAAAAGCCACACGUUUGAUGAUCACAUUUCCUCUCAGUAAAGUUUGAACUCCUGUUGUACAGUCGGUUGUACAGAGCUGCCAAUCAGCUAAUAUGUGGAACAAAUGCUCUUUCUUGUACAGAAGAAAAUACUUAAUAAAAGAAAUUAACAGAG